GCAACCACAAGAAUUAUUAGAGAAUAUCAAAAAGGGAAAUUUAAUUCAAACUGUUAUUAGAGUUAUUAAAAAAAUAAAGAGAGAUGUAAAAAUUCACCUUGAUUUUAUUGAUAGUUUAAAAGAACUAAAUAACACUCAAAGAAAUGCAUUGCAAGGAGAGAUUAAAGAAAAAUCACUAAUGCUACAAAAGUCUGAUAAAAUGCUUGAAGAGGAGAUAGCAAAAAAUACAAAAUUACAAGAGGAAUCAGAAGAGAAAUCAAAAAUGUUAGCAAGAAGUGAGGAAAGAGAGGAAGAACUAAAUAGACAACUUUAUUUAGAAAGAAAACCCUACCUAAAAAACGAAAUACUUUACAAAAAUUAG